CCCCCCACCCCCGGGGCCUAGCACCUGCCCCGACCCACUUCACCUGCCACCCCUGGGGCAGCACCCCACCAUCUCCACCCCCGGGCCAGGCAUCCACCUGCCCUCCUGUUCCUGGGGCCUAGCACCUCCCCGGACCCAUCUCCCCUGGGGCCAGCACCCCAUGCCUCCACCUCCACCUCUGGGACAUGCACCCAGCCGUCCCUACCUAGCCCGCUAUACCGUUCCCCAACCCUGAUGUCGCCCUCGGGACAAGUUUGCCCACCCCUGACCUAAAUCAUGUGUGAAUCUGGGCCCAUGUCCACUAAAUGCAGGGAAGCUAUCACAAGGCUUGCUUUCUUUGGAAGUGCUGAUUGCAUUCUAGAAGAGAGGUAAUGUAUGGCACAGGAAGGAAAACGAAGAGUGAAAGAUACACCUAACCAGCGUAUGACUUUGAAAUAUUAAGAGAAGAUGCUUAAAAGAGGGAGAAUUCCAAUUAAUAGUCCAGUUUUGGCUCUGUUGCUCCAGAUGGACAGUAUCAUUCACCCAUGACAAGGAAAUGUGCCAUAUUUAGUGCUGGACCAAUCAGAUGAGCCUCAGGUUAUAUCUGCACUGCAAUGGAAGCCCAGUCUGAGACUCAGGGUCAAGCCCUAACCUGGCUUCCAUCUAUACAAAAAUAUUUUGGACUUGGGCUCAGAUUGUGGAGAGUCAGAGCCUGAGUCAAGCCAGGACCCAGGGUUCAAGCCCUAUCGUUUUACAGUGUAGAAGCAAUUCAUCCCUGCCCCCAGACUUGGGUACUUGGAGUCCACUAAAAGUAUCCCACAAUGCUACAGGCCGACUUCCUUUGUCCUCUCUCUCCCAAGACUCUCCAAUCAACUCUCAAGAAACUGACACACACCCCUUCACCUUGUUCUACUACAGCAGCUUGGUGUUUAACCCUUCCAUUUUAUUCUGGCUGCAGAGCUGCAAACACACCUUAGGAGAACCUUUGGCAUUUGCACUAGAUAUCGACCAGAAGUCCUUUACAAAGCGUGCUGCACCAUGGUCAUGGGAGCACAGCCAGCUUUUGGUUAAUCUCUGAUGCAAGGCCAGCAAAACAAUUGAUUUUAGUAAGAGUACCAGGCAUGACCAUGCAUACCAGCAAAUAGCGAAGAAGCUAGUGGUGUUGGAAAUGUAGCAGACCGGUGACCAGUGCAGAGAACAGAUUAAGAGGCUCAAGACCGAGUACUGGACAACCAGUGACCACCACCACACCUCUGGCAACUCGUCAACAACAUGAUUAUUUUAUGAUGAGUUCGACCAAGAGCUGGGGACUGCACCGAGCAUGAAGCCACCGGUGGUGCAUGAUGGCCUAGUCAGCCACACUGGUGCCCUGCUGGCCCCAGAAGACAGCAUGGAAAUCCAUGGGAGCCAGCAGCAGGUGCCAAAUGAGACAAAUGAAGUGACUCUGCUGAUGAAACUGGUCCUAGAGGAGGCUUUGCCACAGGAGCAGCUGCAGCACAUCCUGGGGCCAUACUUGGAGGAGCUGUUUGAUGCCCCUCUCCUCCCCCCCAAGGAACAGCCCACCACAGAACUGGCAGCAGAGACAAAAGAGGGAGAUGCUGUGUCAGAACCUGCUGUUCUUCCCCUCCCUGGCAGAUCCAGCCUCUGGGAUCCAGCGGGUGGAGUGAUUGGGAGAGGACGGUGCUGCAGCCCCACUUCAUGCCAGCGUCUGUCUCCUUUGACGGUUAAGGACUGUGAUCAGCAGCGUCUGAGAGGGUGCCGCACGCUGGCAAGUGGACUGGGUGGGCCGGCUCCUCUGCAGAGGCUGUGCCUUGGCUGGACAGAGGAGAGGUAUCCAUGGUCACCAAAGAAAGACAGGACAGCAUUGGAGCCAUGGAUCAAGCUAAGGAAUGCUCCUUGGACCCGCAAGCUGGCCAAAGCAGUUGAGCAUCCCUGACUGCUCUGCUAGUCUGCCAGAUGGGGGGCGAAGGGGAUGUGUAUGUCUCAGCCUGGGGUGUGAGAGGGAUAAGAUGCCCGCAGACACUCAGCCACCUGUUCUGCUCCUUUCUCAGUUCCUAGUUUUCUCCCCAGGGCUCCGGCCCAUAAGUGUUGUUUGGAGUGGACAGAACUGUAACCUUGCUAAAUGCCCUGCCUCCAACCUCAGGAAAGGUCCCACGCAGCAGUAAGUGGAUGUGUCUAUGCUAGUUUCUCUGCUAGUUUCUGGCUGUGUGCUGUCUGAGACAAGAUCACAGUGACUCAAUGUGGAGUAAGUCCUGACCCCAGAGGACACUGCUUCCUUGAAACCAGUGAGCCUUUGGAAGUUAAUUUUACUCCCCAGGUUCCCCUCUAAGGGAGGUAGACUCUCCAGCAGAACAGAAACAGAACCCUCUGCCCCAAACUCUGAGAGUGGUGUGGGCUGGUGAGUGAAAGUCAGGCAAAAUCAGGGGCAUUUGUGCAGAUUGCAGAGCACCACCUUGCCCCAGAAAAGGUGGCAUGGGAUGAAUAAGGCACUAACAUUCAAUGAGCCUAAGCCAUUGUAGUAGAGAAGAGACUUACUGUGACAGGGAGUCUAUUCCUUCCAUACUCAAGGGGAAGGAACCAAGGGAGGGGGCUCAGAACUUGGGAGAACGUUGAAUGGUCUGUGUCUUUUCCUGCUGCAAAGAAACACACAGUUGCUACACUAAGAGGUUCUUUCUGGUGUGGAAUAGUUUCUCCAGCUUUACUCCUGUCCUGUAGGAAUCUGCAAGCCUAGCAAUGAGCCUGUGAAAGAGACUUGGACAAAGCAGUAGCCUCUUUCCACGGCUCACUUAGCUCCUUGGCCAUAAACACCUAUUUGUCCACAACCCUAGGAUUCUAGAGGGCAGCACUGUGCCUUCAGCUCCAUUUGCUUUCUUGGCAUCACUGUGAUGAGGCUUGCUGGAGAGACCAUCCUUUGGCAUUACACUGAAAGUCCAUGACUGCUAUGUGCUCUGCAUCAAGGGAAUCCAGUGGCUACUCUCUGAUGAGAUAGAACUUUCAACUCCAGAGUCAUCGGCUUGAAUCAUCCAGGCAGCACUCCAAUAGCAGAGACUGGGGUCCUGUAAAAUCUGGAAGGGUCGAGCGGUUGAGUCUUUUGGCAAAAUGGGUAAAUCGUGCAGCCAGUUUCACAGAGGCACAAUUGCAUUAUAUUGUAGCUCCUGUGUACUGUACGCGGCUUGGUUUUCAAGUUUAUGUAUUUCCAAACUGAGUGCAUGCCAAAAAACAAAGGAAAGGAUUCCAGUAUUUAAAAGCAGAAUCUGGGUCAGGCAGAUAGCCGUACAUUAAUUUCCUGACACACCAUUGAUUUCUGGCUGUCAGACAUUCCAAUUGUUAUCUUUAAUGUAAAAAGUCACAUAUAUAUUUCCCCUAAUAUUCUGUUGCAAUGAUAACAUUACAUUUCAUCUGGGGAGAAUUAUUGGCAAUAGACGUUGAGCCUGGAGUUUUUAAAAUGCCUUAUGUAUGCAUGUUGGUAGAAAUCUUGCCAAAUUUGAAGGCAGACACACACUUUAGAACAUAUGCAAUGUCUUUGAUAUUUAUCAAAUGUUAUAUCUUGUGACAGAUAACAGAGCUGGAGCCAAGACUUUGAGGUUUUAAAAGGAGGGAAACACUUGCUUUUUGUUAGUCAAAGUACAGAUAGUAUGGCUUUUUGUGGGUUGAUUUAGCAUAAAGGAAGUGUUGGUUGUGAGAAUGUGUAGGUUGGUGCAAUGAAUUGUAUAUUACAAUUAAAUUUUAAUAGUUUAAUGGAACAUCAGUUUUGGGGCAACGUGGGUGAAAUCCUGGCCCAGUUGAUCUAAAUGGCAAAACUGCUGUUGACAGUAAUGGGAUCAAGAUUUCUCCCUGCGUGUUUAGAAUGGAACACCUCUGCAAGUGAGAGCUUGAGGGGAAGAAUCACAAAUACACUGUCUGAGUUAGCCAUGUAGAAGUUAUUCUUUCCUGUAUAGGAAAUGAAUUUCUGUGGAGGCUCCUGCAUAUAGGUCCCCUCCAUGACCAUGCGCUUUGUCUAUGGAGAUGAAGGAGAUAGCAUGCCAGAUGAUCCCACUCGAAGGGAAGCUUGCAAAUAUACAGAACUGGCAUAUGCCCUGCUGGAGAAGGUGCUGCUUCAGGGGCUAGUUGUGCCAUACAGGCAAACCACCCAUUGGUUAGGGCAAUCAAAUAUUUAGUGGUUGUCAGUUCUGUGCAGUCUGAGGUGCGAUAGUAUGUUGUCACAGUGUUUAUUUGGGGCGGGGGGCGCAUAG